UGACCGACGGGCAACAUCAUACUACCAUUCAUGAUUCUCUCGCACUACCCGUUAGUAGAUCUCCGCUCACGAAUUGUACCCCCAACGCACAAUCAAUUUGCUGCAACCAUGUCCUCCAUUGCUGCUAUGGCUACUCGCCGGGCUCUGACCCGCCAGUCCCUUCUCCGCGCUCCCCCGCGCCGCUUCAACUCUUCUUCCAAGCUCCAGGAGGCCAACCUUGACAAGGCCCCCAAGCGCGACCCCGAGCUCUACGUUCUCCUGGGUGUCAUGUCUGGUGCCUUCCUUAUUGCCGGAUGGUACUUCGGCCGCAAGCCCACCUCUGUGAACUCCGAGAGCAACGUUCGCAUCGCCCAGAGCUCCAUGCCCUGGGAGCACCAGUCCGAGGAUGGCAAGGUCUACAAGUACCAGUACCACCCCCACGGUGACAAGAGCCAGCCCCUCCGCGCUGCUCCCAGCGCCAUGAACACCGUCAUUGUUCCCAAUGUCACCCUUCCCGAGGACCUCCACGAGAAGUUCAACAAGUACGGCAAGGAGGAGUGGGACUACUAA